GGUGCACGCUUGUCUGGCGAUAUUGCCGGAAUUCAGCCCGACAGACCAGCAAGGAUCACUGUUCGCUCCCCCCCACGCUCGGUGCUUCUCCGUGGGGAGGUUCCCGAGGUGGUCCUCCGUCAGACUGGGAGGCCAAUCACUCUCAUCUAUCAAAACACAGUCGUUAGAGUUUCGUACUUGUCCCUGUUGCCCCGGCCUCAUUCCCGUCGAGCCACCAUCGGCUGCCGUCUUCGUCCAGCCUGCUCCGUUCCCCCUGUCGGUCCGAACCGCACGUCCGUUUCCAGGAUCAGCAGCACCCUCGCCGACCAUGGCCCAGCCCCAAGCUACCCUCGCCUCCGAGGUCGACCUGACCAAGACUGUCGCUGACAGCACCAGCGUAUCCAUCGCCGACCACGGCAAGGACGAGCCCACAAGCCCGGCCUCUCCUUCGGCACCAGAGGCCCUGUCCGGUAUCGAUUCGGAGCCAUUCUCGCUCAAAGCCUAUAUCCGCAGCCGUCUGGCAUUGCGUCCGCCCGUCACAUCCGACCCCCGCAACCUGCCGUCGCUCCAAAAAUCGCUGAUCCUGCUCUGCAUCACAAGCGCUUCCUGUCUGCCGGGCCUCUCGUCCACGCUGUACCUGCCGGUCGUCCCGCAGGUCACCGAGAACCUGAAUGCGUCUCCCAUGUCGAUCAACCUGACACUGUCGCUCUUUAUCCUGUUCAUGGGCGUUGCCCCCAUCAUCUGGGCCUCCGUCUCGGACUACCUCGAAAUCCGGCGAUGGAUCUACCUCUCCUCGAUCACCAUCUUCUGUCUGUCGUCGAUCGGCUGUGCGGUCACCGACAAUGUCAUCGUGCUGAUCAUCCUGCGUUGCUGCCAGUCGUUUGGCUCCAGCGCCGUCGAGAGUGUCGGCGCCGGCACCAUUGCCGAUUUGUGGGCUCCGACCGAGCGAGGCAGCCGUAUGGGCAUCUAUAUGGCCGGCGGUUCGGUUGGUCCGCUGAUCGGCCCCAUCAUCGGCGGCUUUCUCGGCGAAGCCUUUGGCUGGCGCUCGACCUUUUGGGUCGGCACCGGCCUGGGUCUUCUGGUGCUCGUGAUGAUCUUUUUCAUCUCGCCCGAAACAUACCGCUCCGAGGCCAAGUUUGGCGAGCAUCAAGCCGAAUCGUUGCCCCAGAUCCAGGACGAGACCCAGACCCAAGGCAAAGGCCAUGCGGUUCGUGCCGGCACCAAGACGUUCAACCCGCUCAAGUCGCUCAUCUACCUGCGCUACGGCUUUAUCUUGAUCAUCUGUGUCCAAGGCGCUCUGUGCUUUGCGACCAUGUUCACGUACGAGACCAUCAUUGCCGUCAUCUACACCGAGGUCUACGGCACCCCCGCCAACUUGGUCGGCCUGACCUUCCUCGGUGGCGGCACGGGCAACAUCAUCGGCUCGCUCAUCGGCGGCAAGAUCUCGGACUACUAUCUGCGAGAGGCGAUCCGGAAGCGCGGAGCCGACUCCAAGCCGCUGCCCGAAGACCGUCUGUCGCCCUUUACCUUCUUCAGCGGCAUUGUGAUCAUCCCGCUGGGCUGCCUGCUGUUUGGAUGGUCGAUCUGGGCCCGCUGGUCGAUCGGCUUCCCGAUCUUCAGCUUCUUCCUGAUCUGCUUUGGGAUGGUGCAGAUCCUGAUUGCCUCCUCGACCUACCUCGUCGACGCCAUCCCCGGCAAGGGCGCAAGCGCCAUCGCCAGUGCUGCCGCCCUUCAGAUGCUGAUUGCCAGUCUGAUGUCGCUGAUGGCCACACCCUGGGACAACAGCAUCGGCGUCCAAUGGAUCGGCGUCCUCUUUGCUGCCGUCAACAUCCUUGGCACCCUGGCGUACGUAUAUCUGCUGUUCAAGGGCCAGGAAAUGCGCAAGAACUCCAAGAUUACAGCGUAUCCAAAAUGAAGCCGUGCGUCCUGACUCUGAGACGACGAACUUUCUGGAUCCCGAAUACACUCACAGCCACACCCGUGGGAGCACAGUUGAGGUGCUUUUGCGUGGUGAAGGUCGUUCCAAGCACAGUUCCAGCACAUUCAGAACGAUACGGGUUCAGGGUGUCCCUGAGUGUCCCUGAGUGUCCCUCAGUGAUCUGUAGACCUCGGAGUGUAGGCUACGUAAUUGGACUCUUCUCUUCGUUGACAAUUCAGUAGCUUGGUUAGUUUGGGGGGGCAGGGUCUUGAUCGCGGC